ACUCCUGAAGGGGAAUUUUGACUGAUCACCACAGAUUUUAAUAAAGCGAAACAUUGAUCGGAACCUUGAAGAAUGGCAGCUGGUCCACCUCAAAGUGGAGGAGCUGCAGGGCCAUUAGGACCUCCUGCGAUGGCUAGCCAGUGGAACCCUGCAUCCUAUGCUGUAGCUGUUUGGGAAUGGCAAGAUGAACUUGGCAAGUGGAGGCCGUACAGCAGUAAAGUGAGCACUUAUAUAGAGCAAUGUAUGCAAUCUUAUCAGCAGCAGAAGAAUACUCGGGCUCUUGCAAACAGUAGGAGUAUCUCCCUUGGACAAGUUGACCCUAAAUUAGCUCCGUACGUAAUAGACAUUGCAACGCUGGCACAGUUUCGACAAGACACAGGAACCAUGCGAUAUGUCAGAAAAACCCUCUACCCAUUAGACUCCGCUCCAGCUAAAGGCAUUUGUUGGGAGUGGAUGAAUGAUGAUGGCUGUUGGACAGCUUACGAAACGCAUAUCUGCAUAUACCUGGAGGAGAAGUUGACUAAUGGAAACCGCUCUGUAGAUCUUGGAGCACUUGGACUCCACUACCUUAUUGACUUUAACUCAUUCGUUCAGAUAAAUCAGGCCACUGGAUUUAAACGACGUGUUCAAAGGAACCUUGGUGCACCUUAUCCUACAACGCCAAAGGCAGGACCUGCACAUAAGUCGACAGCAUGUGCUUGUCACCAGUGUCUGGCAAGCAGUCAUGCGGGGCCUAUGCAUCGGUAUCGACACUCCAUGAUCAAUCUGCCUACAUCCGCAAAUUACCAGAGCAGUAGCCGAAUAUCUACCAAUAAUGUUGGUUAUUUACCAUAUCCUAAACCUACCAUGACUAGUGCGAAGUCGGCACCAAAGCUUAAUAGCACGUGGGUACCCUCCUCAACGCCUUUGCAACUUGCUGGUCCAUCAUCUGCUAAUGGAAUCAGAUUGCAAUGGAAACGCGCUGAUCAGAGAGGCUUCGCGUGUAUCCGUACAACCAAAUACGCGCAGACAGCCGCUCCAAAUGAGGCCUUUGCAGGCAUGACGGCUAUUCUGAUGUCUGCGGCUGGGCUUCCUGUGCGUCUUACCUCUGCACCUCCACCCUCCAACCCACACGUGACCAGUAAACGUUCUAAAAGCUCAGUUAGAAAAUUGAGGAAAAUGCCAAAAAAAGGUAGUUUUGUCAACCCUCUCGCACACAUUGAUGGAAGUCUGCAGUGCCCUUCUUGUAAGACCAUUUAUGGGGAAAAGACUGGAACGCAGCCCAAAGGAAAGAUGGAAAUCUAUUUAAUCCCUCAGUCUUUGCCUGGUCAUCAAGAUUGUGGCACAAUCCACAUUAUAUACACCAUUAUUACAGGAAUACAGGGUCCAGAACACCCAAACCCAGGAAGGCCUUAUACAGCACGGGGCUUCCCUCGUCACUGUUAUCUUCCAGACAAUGACAGAGGAAGAUUGGUACUAGAGCUUCUAAAGGUUGCCUGGGCCAGGCGAUUGAUCUUCACCAUUGGCGUUUCGAGCACAACGGGUGAAUCUGACACUGUGGUGUGGAAUGAAAUCCAUCACAAGACAGAAAUGACCUCAAACAUAACUGGACAUGGUUACCCUGACACAAACUACCUGAACAAUGUUCUUGCUGAGCUUGCAGCUCAGGGAGUGUCAGAAGACUGCUUAAACAUGUAAAAGACUAUCUAGCUGGCUGCCUACUUGUGAUUUUGUUGGGGGUGGCGUUCAGUUCAUUUACACGAUGCCUUAAAUUUUUGGUUUCAUUUUGCAUUAUAUAUAAUAUAUAUAUUUUGGUAAAGCAAUACAUAUAUAUCAGGGGUUUACAAAAAUGCUGGGGAAAUAUUAGGUUGACACAAAACUAGCAUGCAAGCAUAUUACCAACCCUGCAGGACAGGGGGCAUUAUUAUAAGUGUUC